CCGAAAUGUCAUGUCAAGUGAAAUGUGACGGACGGUUCAUGUUUUCGUGUUUCCUAUUUUACUUGUUGAUUUUAUUAGGAAAAUUCAGUGAAAUUUGUGUGGAUAGUCGUGCCGGGGUCUCAGGGAAAGAAAUGUUAUAGUGUGCGUGGUGUUCGCCGGCGGAGCACCGCGUGGGACCGCGCCACAGCGCCACAGUUCAGGUGUGCGUGGGAGAGGAGGCGGUAGAGGCUGCCCGGCCCGCAGCGGAGGAUGGAGGACGAGGUGACGUUCCUGUUCCAGCUGGGCGUGACGCGCGACGCGGUGUCGGCGCCCGCGCACCUGCUCACGCUCGCGCACCUCAAGGAGCUCGCCGUCAAGUUCGUACAUGAAAAGAUCCCAGACAACGGCCUGAACCGGUUGUCGGACCGCAUCCUGCUGUUCCGGCACGACUACUGCUCACCCAACGUGCUGCAGCUGAUCAACUGCGCCACCGACGUCACCGACGAGACCCUCGUCGAGAUCGUGCUCACCGCCAACCCGCUAGUAUGCGACGGCGCGACGGAACUUGCGCCUGCGCCGCGGCCGCACGCGCUGGCCGUGCACUCGUACAAGGCGCCCACCUUCUGCGACUUCUGCGGGGAAAUGCUCUUCGGGUUGGUCCGACAGGGACUCAAGUGCGAAGGUUGCGGGCUGAACUACCACAAGCGGUGCGCGGUGAAGGUGCCGUCCAACUGCGCGGCGCCGGCGGGCGUGACGGCGCGGCGCACGUCGGCGGCGCCGGCGCCGCGCAGCCCGUCGCGCGGCUCCACGCACAGCCACGCCUCGCACGACGACUCGCUGCUAUGCGGCAGCUCGGGCAAGCGCAGCCGCUCUCCGUCGCACGCGGGCUCGUUGUGCGGCGCGGGCGGUGCGGGGGGCUCCGGCUGGGGUGCGGGCAUCCCGCACACGUUCGAGGUGCACUCGUACACGCGGCCCACCGUGUGCCGCCACUGCAAGAAGCUGCUGCGCGGCCUGUUCAAGCAGGGACUGCAGUGCAAGGAUUGCCACUACAACGCGCACCGCAAGUGCCUGCCGCACGUGCCCAAGGACUGCGGCGGUGAGGUGCGCGACAAUCACGGCGAAUACCAAGACAGUACAUCAGGCAGCGAGUUCUCGGAGACAACAAGGCCUGAUGAUGAAUCGGAUGAUGGUGGCAUGGACGGCGGUGACAAUGUCAGCGUGGAUGACGAGGUGCAGCUAAGAAGACACGGGGUGGGUGAGGAGGAGGAGCCUCAGCGCGACACACUGCCGGAGCGGUCGGCGUCGCGGCCCAGCAGCUCAUCAUCGUCGCCCAGCGCUAACAUCCCGCUCAUGCGCAUCGUGCAGUCCGUCAAACACACCAAGAAGAGGGAGGGCCAGUGGUUAAAGGAAGGGUGGCUCGUGCACUUCACUAACAAGGAUAAGACGAUAAAGCGGCACUACUGGCGCCUGGACAGCAAGUCGAUCACGCUGUUCACGUCGGAGCUGGGCUCCAAAUAUUACAAGGAGAUCCCGCUACAGGAGAUCCUUGCUGUCGACACCGCGAGGACGCCGCAUGGAGACGUGAUGCACUGCUUCGAGCUGCGCACGGCGAAUGUGGACUACAUGGUGGGCGUGGACCCGGGCGGAUCCGGGGCCGGUGCGGCUGCGCUGCCGCCGCCAGACUCCGGCGUCGGCGCCUACCUCGCGCGCUCCUGGGAGACCGCCGUGCGGCAGGCGCUCAUGCCCGUCACGCACAACCACUCCGCGGAGAGCGUAGGCGAUGCGGAUGCUGGGGGCGGGGGCUCGGAGCGCGGCGCGGAGAUGGCGCAGGUGUACCAAAUACACCCCGACGAGGUGCUGGGCUCGGGGCAGUUCGGGAUUGUAUAUGGCGGGCUGCAUCGCCGGACCAACCGACCUGUCGCUAUCAAGGUGAUAGACAAGCUCAGGUUCCCAACAAAACAAGAAGCCCAGCUGAAGAAUGAAGUGGCCAUCCUUCAGAACCUGUCGCACCCCGGCGUGGUGAACCUGGAGCGCAUGUUCGAGACGCCCGAGCGCAUCUUCGUCGUCAUGGAAAAGCUCAAGGGAGACAUGCUCGAGAUGAUACUCUCGCACGAGAAGGGACGGCUCGAUGAGCGGACCACCAAGUUCUUGGUGGCACAGAUCUUAGUAGCGCUGAAGCAUCUGCACGAGAAAAACAUAGUUCACUGCGACUUGAAGCCGGAGAACGUUCUGUUGUCGUCCGACGAGGCGCUGCCGCAAGUCAAGCUGUGCGACUUCGGGUUCGCGCGCAUCAUCGGCGAGAAAUCCUUCCGACGGUCCGUCGUCGGCACCCCCGCCUACCUUGCCCCAGAAGUGCUCCGUAACAAGGGCUACAACCGCUCGCUGGACAUGUGGUCGGUGGGCGUGAUCAUCUAUGUGUCUCUGUCGGGGACCUUCCCCUUCAACGAGGAUGAAGACAUCGGCGAGCAGAUCCAGAAUGCCGCCUUCAUGUACCCGCCUCAGCCCUGGCGGACAAUUUCUGCUGAAGCGAUCGACCUGAUCAACAACCUGCUGCAAGUGAAGCAGCGCAAGCGUCUGUCGGUGGACAAGGCGUUCGCGCAUGCGUGGCUGCAGACGCGCGCCGCGUGGCUGGACUUGCGCGCGCUGGAGCACCGCGUGGGGCAGCGCUACCUCACGCACUGCAGCGACGACGCGCGCUGGGCGCAGCCCGGCCCCCACGACCAGCACUGACUCGCGGCCGGUGGCGCGGGCGGCUGCGCGCGGCUGGCGUGGCGCCGGCUGCUGGGCCGCGUGCGGCUGCAGCACGUGCGCUAGGCUCCUGCCUCCACAACACACGCAUACACUCACUCGACAAACUACUUCGCAUUCAGUCAAUCUGAAAUGCAUCAAAAUGAUAGAUAAAAUCAAUGUUAUAAUGUUAUCUGUCAGUUGCCAAUAUCAACAUAUGAACUACAUGUAUCCGUAUAAAAACCAAACGGAAUACAUUCGUCGUCACAUUGACGAUUCAUAUUUUUUUUAAUCUUUAAUUGACAUUUUAAAAUCACGUAAUUUCCAAGAAACAAAAUUAAAAUAACUUAAGUAUAUGAGAAUACAAAAAAAUAUGGCGACUUUGAAUAAUAGGUACUUAGCUUAAAGCUAGUUAUAAUGUAUAAGUGUUUAUCAUGUUCCGCGGGAACCACGCACAAUGCGACGCAAUGCAGAUGUAUUUAUUUUAUACUUUGUUUAUAGAUAUUAAUUUAGUGAUUAUUUCAAUUUUAUAACUUUAUAUAUUUUUGGAUUGGACAAGAUUUGUAUUUUUGGAUGAAGGGUACGAUUAUGGGGGUCGAUAGUAUAAUUACUAUAACACUCGCUAGGUGGCGGCACUGGGACGAGAGGUCUGUCAAAAGGCAAAUAUUUACAUUUUAUUGCUAUAAAAGUCACUAGAACAGGCCUAAUUAUUAAAUUAUACAUUUUAUUAAACAAAAGUUGUGACAUAGAUUAGAAAAACAUAGACAAUAAAAAUGUUCCUCUAUAUACAUAGCAUAAACAACCUUGAUAAGUUCCGCUGCUGGGACUGGCCUCCCCUCAAUGACCAGGUACAUAUUAAAAAAAACUUACAUUUGCCCGCCGCUAUCUAGUGAGCAUGACGUGAAGUCGUGAACCCCCAUUAUAUCAAUUUAGAAUAAUGAUCUAUCGGAAGCGUGGCGAGUUUAUAGUGACAGUUGUGACCAAGUUACCUCAGUAACAGUUGGUAUAAGUACACGUUGUCUUGCAUUCCCGAUGUUACGGGCGAUGUGGGCGGAUUGUUUGUGAAAUCGUUAUAAACAAAUUUAACUUUAUUUUUUUUAAUUCAUAAUUUAUCACUCAUUCUUCUUUUAAAAAAAUGUUAAGCCGUUGGUCUGUACUACUGACUGAUGUAAGUACGUAGUCGUUACUUGAGUCAAGUAAGGGCCUUUGGCGGCUCAAUAAUAACCCUGACAUCAGGGUUGAUAAGGUUGGUCAUCCACCUCACAACCACACGAUAGAAGAAGAAUUUAAGUUUGCUAUAUAAUGCACAUUGUAAAAUUACAUUUGUUUUUUAUUCUAAAUACUUAUUUAUCACGGGUAAUAAUGAUUCCACAAAUAAAUUCGCCGAAAUCGCCCAAUUGUUGAGUUACAGCGAUUUAUUUUAGAUUAAGUAUUCUUUUUAUACAAUUUUAUUAUUAUUUAUUUUUUGGAUUUUUAACGAUUAAACAGCUAGUAGGCUAGUUUCCAACUAGUCAAAUCAGUUACUUUUUACUAAACGUCAAAACACGAAAUUACUAUGGAAUUUGUAUGAAAAAGCACUCUGUGACAUCAUAGAAAAACGUGACAAAAUGUCGGACUUAUUAUUACGUUUUUCUUGAUUAAAAUUCAUAAAUAAAUUUAAUAGAAAAAAGAAAAUGUUUUUCGUUAGUUUUAGAUGUGUCUUUAUUUAGUAAUCAGAAUUUCAUAAUUUAUCUUGAACCUAGUACACGACCCUAUUGAUGUGAGAUGUCGUGUCUUACUGUAGCUAAAUGAAUUUAUUACUUUGAAACUGCAUUUUAUAUACAAUUUAUUUCUCUGGUCCUAAUUAUAAGCUCUUGUGUAAGUACAUUAUUUUAUAAAUUACAAUUUUUAAUUGAAAUCUACAUAUAUGUGUACGUAAUCUUCAUGUCUAUAGGUAUCAUUUGAUAUGAUGAAAGUAACAAAAUAUAUUAAGAGCUCUAAUUAUAGUUGAUGUCGUCUGUAGUAAUAAGUAUAAUGCAGCUUGACCAGAUAAAUGUGAAGAGUAAAACAUUUUGUAUAUGAUGGAAAAUAUAAAUAUACGGCCUAAGUCAAGAUUACUACUAGUCUAAGGAACAAAUUAUAAAUGUAUAUUGGCCCUGUAUCCCGCAUACACCUCCUAAAUUUAUUUUAAGUGAUACCUGUCAUUUUCUUAUCCACAAAAAAGGAAAGGGAUGGAUUGACAACUUUUAAUUUUAACAUGAAUGAGCGAAUGAAAGUAUAACCCGGGCGAAUCACAUACGCAUCUCGUUGAUAUACAACCCGUUUGACGUGUGCUAUCAACUUAAUUCUGUUAGGUCAUUGCCUAAAUUAAGUUCAAAUUUCUAAAAUUGAUAUUACAUAAAUUUCAAGUCUAUCAAUUACCCGUCCCUUUUCUUUUCGGUAGAUAAGAAAAUGACAGGUAUAACUUAAAUAAAAUUAGAUGGUGUGUACUGGAUUCCACGCCAUUGUUUACUUGUCAAAGUCUAUCAGAGUUCAUAUUCCACUUGUUGCCUAAUAAUGUAAUGUAAUAGUGCCAAUAGUUACUAAAUCUAUUUGUUACCGCGUCUGUUAUGUACUCACGAAUGAAACUGAACAAUAUAUUUAUGAACAAACUCUUAUUAAGAUGUAUUUGUAACUAGGUAUAUAUUCUGGAGCCCGUGUCAGCGCUACACGUUAGCAUAGAAUAAAUAAUAAUACUGUACUAAGUGCAGAAGGGACACUCCGCUCCGUAAUUCGAUACGAGACUGGAGCGAACUUGAUUUACCUCACCUCAUAUGGGGCACUUUAGUAUAUUUAACCCGUAAACCGUUGAGGAGAAAACAACGCCGGCUAGUCUGUCUCGCUCACACGCACGGGGCACACGGGUUUUCGUAAAGAGCGUCCAGUGGUAGCGCUGACACACGGACUCUGGACCCGGGGCAACUAACGCCCUCUAACUUAUCGGCCUAAUAAUUAACUUAUACUUAGUUAUAAGGUUCGCCGCUCGGUACUCGAGCUGCAUAUUCAUUAACUGAAAUAAUGCAGCUAGAUAGCUAAUUAAAACGUUCUCUAUGUACAAUGAACUGAAUUUAAAGUAAAAUGAAAUGUUUUUGAGCUCAUAAGAGCGAUAUCUUUUUGUAUUUCCCACAAGUCUGUUAACAUACAAAUAUUAAGAGAAUGUAACUUGGUUAUUUGUCCCCCUGCCUACAUAAUAGGGAUAAGUUCACGUAAUAGAUACUCUUAACAAAGACAUCUGGACAAAGAGAACAAAAAUCAUUCGAGAGAGAUUAAAAUCAUCUGUCAGUAAAAUCUUUAAUAAAACCUAACAUAAAUUUAAGUAUAUAUUAUAUUGUCGCUAGACAAGCGCGGUGCAAGCCAAAUACCCUGCCACGGGCAGUGCCAACCAUUGUUUUAUAUUAUAUCGUCAUAUACAUUAUUAUUACAGAAGCAUUUUGAUAUUUGUGAAAUAAUAUUAUUAUUGAAUCGAGAGAAUUUAGCCAAGAAUGUAUUUAGAAUAGGAUAUUGAAAUCUGAAGGUGUAUAACAGGGUUGAGCCAUAGUGUAAAGAGAACGGCAGAUUUUCAAACGAGUGCAUAAGCGGUUCAGGCAACCUGCAACUUAAUUUGAUAGGACUAAAACUAGCUAAAUCUUUCUCUUACACUUAUUUUAAGUGAAAGACGGUACUAGUUUAAGAGAUGUCAAACUAAAAAUAGUUUAAGUUUGUGUGCGUCCGAAUAGGCACCAGUAAUACCCAUAAAGUAUAAAUGCCCAGUCAUAUCGCGAAAGAUUCAAAGCAUUCGGAUCCACGCACAAGGGUAACCUGCUGUUCUCUCUGCACUGUGGUGGAUGAGGUUUCAAGGAACCACUACUGGGACCUAAGUAAGUGAGAUGAGUAUACGCCGGGUUGAUGUCUUGUAUUGUACCGUGUACAGUCACGAGCAUUAAUAUGUAUACACUUUGGUACCAUGUCACAUUAACUUUUUUGACAAAUUGAACUGUAAGUCUCACUAAAUGACAAAUAUGACGACAGAGGCCUAAAGUGGGUACAUUAUAUAGCUCAUGACUGUACGGUUGCUCGUAUUAUAUUUAUACAUUGUACUCUGUCACAACUAUACAGUCAUUCCAAGUUUUACUAUUUAUAAUCUGUGAUUUUACUAUUAUUUUAUUUUUUACAUUUUAUAAAGCAAAACAAGCUUCCAUUUUCUGUGAUCUCUUUUGAUACUUUUCAAACUAUUUCAUGAUGAGUUUCUUUUGUGAACGCAGCUAGAAUAUUGCCUUUAAAUCUAAUGAAAUUUCUAUAACCUCGUGACUUAAGUAAAUGGUAUAUUUUAAGUGUUACUUGUGUAAAUAAUAUAACUAAUAUACGUUUUCAAAUGUCAAUUCUGUCUGUGUAUUGUAUGUCUUCGCUGUUUCGCUAGUUCUCUGUAGUCAUCUUCUUUACAUUUUACUCUGAUGUUACCUCUAUACGAACGUACCUAUAUUCCGCUAACUUCCGAAUUGAGAGUACUUAUUUUUAUUUUUUAAACUUGUUUACGAUGUACGUGUUUAGAACGUAAUAAGAUUUGGACCAACCCCGAUGUAAUCAUAGUACGAUAUGGAUAUUUUGUAACUAGUAUAAAGGUCACUGACAAAUCACCGUAGUACCUAAUGGAGUGUCAAAGGUAAUGGAUGUUACGAGUAUAGUGUAACUAUAGUAAUUGUCAUUUGAGCAUAAUAUUGUAUGAGGUGACUGUUGAUGUGUGUCGUGGGUUGUGCUCUGUGCUGUCGUAAAACAAUCGGCCUAUACACGUCGCGCUGCUGAGCGGUUUGUAGAGCCUUCAGCAAUAGAGUAUAUCCGGCGCCGACCUUCCCCCCCCCCCUGGGUCUUACUUUAGCCUUAAAUGGCCGUAAAUCGCUAAGGAGUAAGCUGGACCGCGCGCAGACUGUCUGUCUCGGUCGCACUUACACAGAAAAGCGGCACACGAAUGAGAUUUCUGUGUGGAGUGUCCAGGACAUGAUUCAGCGGUCCACAUGUUAUCUGUGGGUCUAAAAAGGCUCUAAAAACUUUUUUUGUGGUCACCCAUGCUAUGACCGGCCUUUGCGAAAGUUGCUUAACUUCAACAAUCGCAGACCUAGCGCGUUAACCGCUGCGCCACCGAGCUCCUCAAUAUAUAUCUGGAGUAAUCACUUGCCGUAUAACAUAACAGCCACGAAGAGGUGGGCAGUGGUGUAUAAUAUAUACACCCGCUCCUCACCAGCUACGUUUAAGUCCCAUGUAAUAAGUGGCAAGUCCAUUGCUAUUUACCUCGCACAAGUCAUGAAGACCACGUGAUGGGUUAUCUAUGGCCCAAAUAUGAAUUCAGACUCGUAAAGUCGAUUUCAGUGGUUCAAAGCCCGACGUAGAGCGGAUGAAGGAUAAUAGAAUUGCAAAAGCGGUAUAUAAAGCGAAAUUAAUGGUAGGGCUGGCAGAGGAAGACCGAGAAGGACUUACGAUGACCAAAUUGGAGAUGUCCUUAGAAAAGGUUCAAUACGAUCUACUCUGAACCGGCGUGCGUGUAUGAAGCGAUUGAUGAAUGUGGAGGAAGCAAGAGAAGUGUGUCAGGAUCGAAGCAAAUGGAAUUCUAUAGUCUCUGCUUACCACGGUGGGAAAUAGGCGUGAGUUUAUGUGUAAAGCCUGAGUCGGGAUUCGAACCAAGGACACUACAAUGUAAGUCACGCUCUCCGUACAGGGCUAUCACGGAUCUACGGGUCCUAAAUAAUGUCACAAAUAAAUCUACAGUGGACACACAGAGCACAACUCCGCUUGUUGAUGUUAUAGGGUAAGUGGUUAUUUUGCGACGAGAUCCAUUUACAAAUUGUGUUAUUAUUAACUAUUUAAAUAAUAAAUGCCGUUUUGAAUAA